CCCCCCCGGCAAAACUUCCGGUCCGCGCGCUGCUCAGGCUGGGGGAGCACAGGCUUGGACCGGCGUUUCUGUAGGAUCUGAACCCCGUCCUCCGUCUGCGCUGCUGCCCCGAGACGGCGCGAGGUCGCGGGUAGCGACCCUGACGUCCAGUCCGAAUUCCAGAUUGGCCCCUAAGUGGGGUGAAGCGUCCUGUCUCUCGACUUUGCUCGGGGCCUGGCUGCAGGAUGAACUGUCGAUCAGAAGUGCUGGAGGUGUCCGUGGAGGGGCGGCAGGUGGAGGAGGCCAUGCUGGCGGUGCUGCACACAGUGCUCCUGCACCGCAGCACAGGCAAGUUUCACUACAAGAAGGAGGGCACGUACUCCAUCGGCACCGUGGGCAUCCAGGAUGUAGACUGUGACUUCAUCGACUUCACGUACGUGCGUGUUUCUUCAGAUGAGCUGGACCGCGCUUUGCGCAAGGUUGUUGGGGAAUUCAAGGAUGCACUGCGGAACUCAGGUGGCGAUGGGCUAGGCCAGAUGUCCUUGGAAUUCUAUCAGAAGAAAAAGUCUCGAUGGCCUUUUUCGGAUGAGUGCAUUCCCUGGGAGGUGUGGACUGUGAAGGUGCAUGUGGUAGCCUUGGCCACAGAGCAGGAGCGGCAGAUCUGCAGAGAGAAGGUGGGCGAGAAGCUGUGUGAGAAGAUCAUCAACAUCGUGGAGGUGAUGAGCCGGCAUGAGUACCUGCCCAAGAUGCCCACGCAGUCGGAGGUGGACAACGUGUUUGACACGGGCCUGCGGGACGUGCAGCCCUACCUCUACAAGAUCUCCUUCCAGAUCACCGAGGCCCUGGGCACCUCUGUCACCACCACUAUGCGCAGGCUCAUCAAAGACACCCUUGCCCUGUAGGCCUUGCUGAAGCCUUGGCAGCUCCUUAGUGGUUCUGGGAGUGUGUUGCUGGGACCUCCGGGCUCUGGAACCUGCAUUAGGUCCUUGGUAAGACUUGAAGAGAAACUCUUGGUGUCCUUGUUUUGUGGUUGCCAGCCUCUGUGGGUGCCAUCCGGGCCUGGAUGCAGCGUCUCCACCUGCUCUGGUGAGGCUUGCUCGCUACACUGUAGAACUGCUGUGGGGGUGCUGAAUAAAGUUGAGAUGUGA